UUCWUAAAACAAACAUCACCUUUCUGAACGUUACGCGCUGCGUUUGAUGGUUGCUCCUGUGUUUGUUGUUGUAGCUUAGCAAGUGUAUUUUGUUUCUCAGUGUGAAUUAAUGACGACUGUAUUUCAAUGAAAACGUUAGACUCGGAUGAAGAGGAGCAGCUGGGCGCUAAGCAUAAAAAUCUGAGGCAGCGAGCCAAUGAGAGCAUCCAACAGCUGAGCAGCGCUCUCGAGCCUGAUGGAGAGUUUGCCAGAGGCGGCGAUGAUUCCUUUUUUACAGCAGUGGCUGAAGAGGACAAAACGAUUUGGAGUCAAAAAACACAGAGUGAAGCAGUCAAUCAGCUGAAGAGCCUCUUAUUGAAGCAAUGCAAAGAAAUCCCCACUCCUCUCUCUCCAUCAGAACAACAGUCUCCAUCCAAGAGAGUGCAGAAGGACAGCAGGUUCAGUGUGGCUGCUCAUCAAGAUUUAGUGCCAACAAUUAACGAUCAAUCCGAGUACAUCCAACAUCUUGAAGCGGAGGUCAAGUUCUGCAAGGAUGAGCUGCAGGGAUUAAAGCAGCGGGUCAGAGUGGUGGUGGUGGAAAACGAGAAGCUUCAGUCUGAGUUCAAAUCCAGGGCUGYGAAUGAAUCUCUAAAAGAUUAUACCAUCCAAAACUCCACGCUGAAUGACAGCAGCCACUUAGUCUCCAAUUCAGAGCACAUGAUGCAGAGAACAGAACACAAAACAUGGACAAAUGAACUGGAACAGUUGAAAGUGAUCCACCAGGCCCAGAUAGAAAGCAUGGAGGCUCAGCUCAUCUCUCUCAGACAGGAUUUAUCGGCGAGUCACAAGGAGUGUGAGAGGCUGAAGGCUCGUCUGAAAGACAGCGAGAAACAGGCUGCAGAGGCACUGAGAGCUGACGGAGCUCCUCGUGUGGCCGGUCUGUGUCUGAGGUGUGCACAGCAYGAGGCGGUGCUGGCCGGGACUCACGCUAAUCUGCACGUUCAGGCURUCGACGCRCUCACAAAGGAGCGUGAUGAGUUACUGCUGGCUCUGCAUGCCCUGAGGGCGAGUCAGCGAGAGGCUCAACAAAAGGAGUGGUCAGCCUGUUUGCAGGUCAAGGAGGCUAUGGCGAUAGCAGAAGAAGCGAAUCUACAUAAAAGCAGGAUGGAGGUGCAGUGUGAGCAGUUAACCAGGGAGGUGGUGCGACAGAGGCAGCAGCUGGACAAAGAAGCAGAUGCUCUGAAGACGAGGCUGGCAGAGGCCAGAAACGAGGGCCGAACGGAGGCUCACAAACAGAAAGAAGAGCUCGCAGAGAUGGUGUUGAGCCUCUCUCAGCGUGUUGCAGAGUUAGAAGGACAGUUAGACCGAGCUCACAGGGAGCAGAAAUCACUGACCAAUCAGCUGGAAGAAACUCUCAGCAAGCUAACCAAUCAGGAGCAAGACMAUGCUAAGGUAUGUAUGGAGCUGCGACAGCAGCUGAACCAGGCCAAGCUGAAGAAAGAGGAGGCAGAACGAGAGCUCAGAGAGCUCAGCGCCAAGACCAGCAGACAGAAAGAAAAAGCUGCACAAACAGAAGGGAGAGAGUGCAGCGCGAGCUCAUGCAGAGCGCAUGUCUUCUGCAGCUCUAUCAGCGCAGCAAAGGGAGAAGGAGCUGGUUGGGAUGCUGCAGAGAAGAGAGGCUGAACACCUGCAGAGAGUUGAAGAGAUGGAUAAACUCAUGAGUUCCCAGAAUGCCAUCAUCAGGAAGCUGAAAGAGGAAUGCUGCAAACUGGGAACCGAACUGGAAGAACGCUUUCACAGCAGCAGAGGCGAGCUGGAACAGCUGGCUCUGGAGAAGCAGCGCUCGGAGGAGAUGGCGACGAGUCUGCGAGCUCGCUGCUCCGACCUGGAGGAACAGUGCGUCCAGCACGGGCGCGUGCACCAGCGGAUGAAGAACAGGCUGCAGCAGUUGGACCGACUCUGUCAGAGCAGCGCUCAGCAGGUGUGUGAGCUUCUGGCCAAACAGAACCAGCUGAUCCAGGAAAGAAACACACUCAGCGAGGAGAUGCAAAACCUGCGCGCCGAGGUACAAACGCACACGAGCCCAACGGGGAACGUGACACGAACAGAGGAGUGAGGCGAACAGAGGAGUGAGGCGAACGCCGUCGAGGCCUCGGGACGACUCUGUUGUUUCUCUGCAGGAGCGGGACAAAGUAGUUCCAGACUAAUGGCUUUAUGUUCUGAAUUUACUGGAAAACGUUGUUGUUCAGAUGCGUUUGUGUGAAACUUCCACGUACAUUUUUGAGAUAAUCUGAGUGCAUUAGUCUUCAACUUCCUGCUGUUYUAGAUUAGGCUGUUUUCAUUUGGGAUAUUUUGGUUUUCCAGUUGAAGUUGAAGUCAUUUUUCCCUCCAUCUUUUCUUCGUUAAGCUAGAUUUUAAAUUUUGUGUCAAGCCCACUAUGAGGUUAGAACAGUGCUGUUCAGUCCUGGUGCUUGAAGGCCACCAUCCUGAUUAGAAUAAAUGGGUUUUAAUGGGCUUCUGCAGAACUUUAAGACAAGCUGAAGGGGAGUCAACCAUUGAAUCAGGGGUAUCAGGGAAAUGACAAAAACAUGCAGCAUACAUACACCACUGGUUUAAAUGUACUGCAUCACGGUGCUUAGUGUUUUUUUCAUAUUAAGAAUUCACAUUAUUAUUAAAGAAGACUCUAAAAAAGUUUA